AUGGGCCCUGCUGACGCUGGCGGCCAGGAAAACGGUCCCCGCGACGAGGGGAGUAGAGCCGUUGGCGCUUUGCAGGAGGGGGCGAACGCGGAGCUGGGGGCCGACGCCCAGACGUCUGGCGGGCAGGCGACCGCUGGCGAGAUGAACGAUGAGGGGGCGAACGAUGACGAUGCGAACGGCGGUCACGGGAUCGGCUUCGCGACGCCACGCGACGAGGCGAACGAGGAGACAGCGGCGAACGGGCCGCACCGUGACGAUCAUCGCGGCGGCUCUCCUGCUUAUCGUCGCGAGCUGCCGAUGAGCGACGGCGAGGCGAACGCUCCUGGUGCGCCACAGCCUCUGCGCCGGAGCGCAAGACGGACCCCGCGCGCAGGGGCUCCGGCGGUGACAAGGACCUGCCCGCGCGCCGAGCCAGCUCGCGCUGCUGGUCCUCGAAGCGGCGGCGGAUCUGAUCAGCGGACGCCGGUGGGGCAACAGGUACGCUCGCGGCAGGGCGUGCAGGAGGAAGCGGAUGGGGAGCGGGAUCGCUCUCCGCGGUGCAGUCGCGGCCCAAAGCGCCGAGGAAAUCCAUCGGCGAGCGCUCAGGGCGCUCCACUGCCACAAGAGGAGCCGACGACGCCGAUCUCCCAGGCGCAACAGGCGGCACCUGUGGCAGCCACUCCGAGGAGCAGACGGGGAAGCACGCGGGGGAGAGGCGGGGGUCGAGGAGCGCGCGGAGGACAGCGGAGUGCAGGCCAAGCGGCGAGGGGGAAUCCGCGCCAACUACCGAGCCCAAUCUGGUUGGGGGAGCCGGCGGAACGAGUCACGCGCCAGUCGUUUGCUAGACGCGGGGGGAGAGGGGGAACGACAGCGCAAGCAGUGAGAAUCGGUGAUACAAACGCAGAAGGGAGCGGCGACGAAUAUGUACCGUCAGAUCUGAGGCAACCCGACAACCCCGACUCACCUCUCGCGGAAGCGGGGGAGGACCAGGCGCAGCAGCAGGAGAGAGGAUCUCUUCGAGAUCGCGAUGAGCUGGGACUCUUCAACCCUAACGUCAACCACCCACCUGCCUAUCGUCCGCCGCCUGCCGCCGCAGAUACUAAGCGACUACUCCACCUGUAUGCUGGCUGCCCUCUUACGGAUCUCCAAACUGCCAAACUGCGCGGGAGCGUGGCGGGUCCUCAUGUUCCUGCCACGUCUCACCUUACAACUUAG